AUGGUCGCCGACAGGCGCAGAUCCGGCAAAGUCAGCCUUGCCGACUGGACGACUUUCGAGAACCUGCUGGACAAACCCGACGCGGAAUACGAGAUCGCUUUUAGAUUGUUCGACACGGAAGGAACGGGCACCGUGAAAUGGGACACCUUCAAGGAAGUGUGCAACCUGAGCAAGAGCAGCGACAGCAUCCCGUUCGAUUGGAACUCAGAAUGGGCUUCCCUUUACACUGGAAAGACAAAGCGCCGACACGACAUGACGUACCCUCAAUUCUCCCAGAUGCUUCGCGGUCUGCAGGGAGAACGCAUUAGGCAAGCCUUCCACGCUUUUGACAAGGACGGUGAUGGCUACAUCGAGCCCGAAGACUUCCAGCGCAUCAUCCUCGAGACCUCGAAGCACAAGCUGUCCGACUACGUCUUGGAAAACCUCCCCAGUCUGUGCAACAUCUCCGCCGGUACCAAGAUCUCCUAUGCCACCGUCCGUGCCUUCCAGAACAUUAUGCGUGAGAUGGAUAUCAUUGAUGUUAUUGUGCGUGAGGCGGCCCAGCACAGCGACGAUGGCAAGAUCACGCGCGCGGAUUUCUUGAAUGCUGCCGCUCGUGUUACCCGGUUCUCCCUUUUCACCCCCAUGGAGGCCGACAUCCUCUUCCACUUCGCUGGAUUGGAUGCUCCCUCUGGAAGACUUUCGCAGAAGGAUUUCGCCAAGGUCAUUGACGCAUCGUGGCGUAUGCCCCUCGCAGUUGCUGGACAAGCUGCGUCGGAUAAGGCGCACCAGGUUGCCGAGAAGUCCAAGUCGGUGCUGUACAGCGUGUUGGAGUCCGUCCACCAUUUCGCCCUGGGCAGUCUUGCAGGUGCUUUCGGAGCCUUCAUGGUGUACCCUAUUGAUCUUGUGAAGACCCGUAUGCAGAACCAGCGCUCAACUCGCGUCGGAGAGAGACUUUACAACAACUCGCUGGAUUGCUUCAGGAAAGUGAUCCGUAACGAGGGUUUUACCGGCUUGUACUCUGGUGUCGUCCCUCAAUUGAUCGGUGUCGCCCCCGAGAAGGCUAUUAAGCUCACUGUGAACGACCUUGUGCGUGGGCACUUCACCAACAAGGAGAACGGAAAGAUCUGGACUGGUCACGAGAUCCUGGCCGGUGGUACUGCCGGAGCUUGUCAAGUUAUCUUCACCAACCCUCUGGAGAUUGUCAAGAUUCGUCUCCAAGUCCAGGGUGAGAUCGCAAAGUCUGUUGAGGGUGCUCCUCGCCGCUCUGCCCUCUGGAUCGUCAAGAACCUGGGUUUGAUGGGUCUGUACAAGGGAGCAAGUGCCUGUCUGCUCCGUGAUGUCCCGUUCUCCGCCAUCUACUUCCCUACUUAUGCGCACCUGAAGUCCGACUUCUUCGGCGAGUCGCCCACUCACAAGCUCGGCGUUGUGCAAUUGCUCACUGCAGGUGCUAUUGCUGGUAUGCCCGCAGCCUAUCUUACUACCCCAUGUGACGUGAUCAAGACCCGUCUGCAGGUCGAAGCCCGCAAGGGUGAGGUCAAGUACACCGGACUGCGUCACUGCGCGGCCACUGUUUGGAGGGAUGAAGGAUUCAAGGCUUUCUUCAAGGGAGGCCCGGCUCGUAUCAUUCGUUCAUCCCCACAGUUCGGUUUCACACUUGCCGCCUAUGAGGUCCUGCAGAAGAUGCUUCCUAUGCCCGGGUCUGAACCGGAAGUUACCCCGGCGGGACAAAUCGAACCUGGCGUCGGCCUGCAGACUGCCAAGGCUCCUCUGCCAUACCUCAGAUCCAGGAACGCCCUCAAGCUGAUCCUGGAUUUGGAUCAAAACAUUGGCCGCGUUCCGAUCCCCUCGGCGGACCGUUGGCCUAAGUUCCUUCAGCAGUCCAAGCAAUAG